UUCCAAGAUCGUCCCUGAACGCAGCAUCACGUUAUUUACGUAACUACGUCACAGCCCUGCCCAGCCCUUCUUCUGUCUGCGUGCUCUGCUUUCACAGUCAUCAUGGCGUCCCUAUCCAUGGCCCCGAUCAACAUCUUCAAAAAUGGAGCAGAUGAAGAGAAAGCUGAGACCGCACGACUGUCGUCCUUCAUCGGCGCCAUCGCCAUCGGAGAUCUGGUGAAGAGCACCUUGGGUCCUAAGGGGAUGGAUAAGAUCCUGCUGGGUGGAGGGAAACAGGGUUUAGUCACGGUGACAAACGACGGAGCGACGAUCCUGAAAUCCAUCGGCGUCGACAACCCCGCCGCUAAAGUCCUGGUUGGUGAGUAAAGAUGUUUUUUGGGGUUAAUUGACG